AUGAGCAGCUUGAAGCUGGUGGCCAUACAUGUGGCAAUUCUGACCUUUCCAGCGACCAACGGUCGCAAGAAAGAUCGUUCGUUUCCCCCACUGACGUUUAUGACUGAUUUGUCUGAAGCUAAUAAUUACACAAAAGCAAUUGAAUGUGCAAAAUCCUACUUGCUAUUCUUCCCUAAUGAUGAGGUUAUGAAUCAGAAUUUGGCUUACUAUGCUGCUGUUCUUGGCGAGGAAGAAGCAAAGUUGAUAAAUGCAAAAGAGAAUAUUAAUAGUUAUAUUCAGCGCAGUCUGCUCGAGAAAGAACUGCUUUACUUUGCAUAUGACACCUUUGGAAUUCCUUUUGUCGACCCAGAUAGCUGGACUCCAGAAAAUGUUGUGCUGAAAAGACUCAGAGAAAAACAAAAGAUGGAGAAGGAGACAGCAGCAAGAAUUACUGAAGAGAUUGGAAACCUGAUGAAAGAAAUUGAAACAAGGACAAUACGAGAAGGGGAAAUGAUAAGGAUAAACAUUGCCCAGGCUGUAGAUGAACAAAGCAAAUGCCCCUGGAGCCCAAAAAUGGCAUCUGUUGUGCCUUGUAAUGUGACUGAGGCGCAAGGGGCACUGAGUGCGGUGAUUAUUACUGAAUCUCGGCCUGUGGCACUUUGUUCUGUGCAUCGAGUGGUGUUGCUGCUGCCCUCUCUGGGCAGAGCAGUUGGACUGUUAAUGCUGAUGCUAAAGGCAGCCGCUUCAGCUGGUGAUGGGUACCGUGGCACAACCUCCCCUCAUACUCCAAAUGAAAAGUUUCAUGGCGUUACUGUGUACAAAGCACUUAAGCUGGGGCAAGAGGGAAAGGUCCCUUUAAGCAGCGCACUCUUAUACUAUAAUGUUACCGAUAAAGUAAGAAGAGUGGUAGAGUCAUACUUUCGACUGGACAGCCCACUCUACUUCUCAUACUCCCACCUCGUCUGCCGAACUGCUGUUGAAGAGAAACAGGAGGGAAGAAAGGAUUUAAGUCAUCCUGUGCAUGUUGACAAUUACAUUCUAAAUGCAGAAGCAAAUAUGUGUAUAAAGGAACAUCCAGCUUAUACUUUCCGUGAUUACAGUGCCAUACUAUAUCUAAAUGGGGAUUUUGAAGGAGGAAAUUUUGUUUUUACAGAACUUGAUGCAAAGACAAUAACUGCUGAAGUGAGACCACAGUGCGGGCGAAUGGUGGGAUUCUCAUCUGGAGAAGAAAAUCCUCACAGAGUAAAUGCCGUCACUAAAGGCCAGCGGAUGGAGAAGGAGACAGCAGCAAGAAUUACUGAAGAGAUUGGAAACCUGAUGAAAGAAAUUGAAACAAGGACAAUACGAGAAGGGGAAAUGAUAAGGAUAAACAUUGCCCAGGCUGUAGAUGAACAAAGCAAAUGCCCCUGGAGCCCAAAAAUGGCAUCUGUUGUGCCUUGUAAUGUGACUGAGGCGCAAGGGGCACUGAGUGCGGUGAUUAUUACUGAAUCUCGGCCUGUGGCACUUUGUUCUGUGCAUCGAGUGGUGUUGCUGCUGCCCUCUCUGGGCAGAGCAGUUGGACUGUUAAUGCUGAUGCUAAAGGCAGCCGCUUCAGCUGGUGAUGGGUACCGUGGCACAACCUCCCCUCAUACUCCAAAUGAAAAGUUUCAUGGCGUUACUGUGUACAAAGCACUUAAGCUGGGGCAAGAGGGAAAGGUCCCUUUAAGCAGCGCACUCUUAUACUAUAAUGUUACCGAUAAAGUAAGAAGAGUGGUAGAGUCAUACUUUCGACUGGACAGCCCACUCUACUUCUCAUACUCCCACCUCGUCUGCCGAACUGCUGUUGAAGAGAAACAGGAGGGAAGAAAGGAUUUAAGUCAUCCUGUGCAUGUUGACAAUUGCAUUCUAAAUGCAGAAGCAAAUAUGUGUAUAAAGGAACAUCCAGCUUAUACUUUCCGUGAUUACAGCGCCAUACUAUAUCUAAAUGGGGAUUUUGAAGGAGGAAAUUUUAUUUUUACAGAACUUGAUGCAAAGACAAUAACUGCUGAAGUGAGACCACAGUGCGGGCGAAUGGUGGGAUUCUCAUCUGGAGAAGAAAAUCCUCACGGAGUAAAUGCCGUCACUAAAGGCCAGCGGUGCGCUGUUGCCUUAUGGUUCACUCUAGAUCCCCGUCAUAACGAGAGGGAAAGAGUUCAAGCUGAUGACUUGAUAAAAAUGCUCCUUAGUCCAGAGGCAGAUCUGUCCCAGGAGGAGGCACAACAAACAGCAGAACCACUUUCUCUAGGGGAAGCCAAUCUGAGACAGUCUGGCUCAGAAUCACCAUCAGAUACUACAGAUUCAGUUGCUGCAGAAAGCACAGACUCUUCUAUAGAACACGUGCGCGGACCACCUGUGGACUCCAAACCCAAGACAGAAUUAUAACAUUAAUGUGGGACUUUUGGUUGUGCCUCGGAGACUGCUCUGAACCAGGGAGAUAACAUUUCCAAAAAAAGUUUAAUGAAAAACCAAAGCAUGACGUUAAUGUUUUUCAUAUUGUUUUUAAUCAUUCCUGGAAGAAAAGCACAACAGCAGAGACGACUCAUGAGUCAUGAAUGUUGCAUGUACAAAUUUAUAAAGAGUUUUCAAUUCCAAGAGGCAGUUCGUGCUAGAACCUAACAGUGUGCAUUCUGGCUUGCAACUUGCAUCUUUUUCUUUUUUUACAGGAGGAAGUUUUUCUGUUUUAAACCAGGCCCUGCAGUCCCAUGCAAUAAGUGGAUACCAAGGGGAAAUAUCUAGUUUGCUUGUUGUUUCCACUUGUUUACAAGAAUGGGUGACAGUUAUGAUGGAAUACCUAAUUUUUUGCCUUGAUCCUUUCAUGGAAAAUAGAUACUGAACUUUUAAUAUCGAACAUUAGAAAAAAUGACCAAUUGGGCUCAAAAUAUUUUUAAAUGAAUUUUGAAGGCAGAAUUUCUUUGUGUCCUGAUGUUUUUGUUGCAGAGAUAUUCAGUCAACUGUAUUUUCAGUGAACAGUGUAAUAAUCUAGGACCCACACUGGUUGUGUAUUUAUUUGGAGCCGGUCUUGCAGAAUAGCCUGUGUUUGCAAAACAACCAAGUGUGAGUUUUUCAUGUUACACUGUUCCACAUGGUUUGUAUGUUUAUGUGGUUGCGGAAUGAUUGAGAGAAAUUGGUCAAUGUGCUAUUUUAUGACUUGAAACUGUGGCUCAUAUAAAUAAAAACUGGCAAUGUUUGGGA